GCCAGCCGAUGCCGGCGGGCGGCGCGCAUGCGGUGUGCGCGGCCCAUGGCCGUUGGCGGCGAUGACGGACUAUAGCGAGGAGCAGCGCAACGAGCUGGAGGCCCUGGAGUCCAUCUACCCGGACUCGUUCACGGUGUUGUCAGAAAAGCCAACAACUUUCACAAUUACUGUGACAUCAGAAGCAGGUGAAAAUGAUGAAAAUGUCCAAACAACCCUUAAGUUUACCUACAGAGAAAAAUACCCUGAUGAAACUCCCCUUUAUGAAAUUGUCUCUCAGGAGAAUCUUGAAGAUGAUGAUGUCACAGGCAUAAUAAACCUGUUGGAACAGCAGGCAGAAGAAAAUUUGGGAAUGGUAAUGAUCUUCACUCUAGUGUCUGCAGUACAGGAGAAAUUAAAUGAAAUAGUGGAUCAAAUAAAAACACGAAGAGAGGAGGAAAAGAAACAGAAAGAAAGAGAAGCCGAAGAAGAGGAAAAACAACGCUUUCAUGGCACUCCUGUUACAAUCGAGAAUUUCCUGAACUGGAAAGCAAAGUUUGAUGCAGAACUCUUAGAAAUAAAAAGAAAAAAGAUGAAAGAAGAAGAACAAGCGGGCAAAAAUAAAUUAAGUGGGAAACAGCUGUUUGAAAUGGAUCACAACCUUGAUACAUCUGACAUCCAGUUCUUGGAGGAAGCUGGAAACAGUGUGGAGGUUGAUGAAUCUUUAUUCCAAGAAAUGGAUGAUUUAGAGUUGGAGGAUGAAGAAGAUGACCCUGACUACAACCCUGUUAAUUUAGAUAGUGAUUAGACCUUUUUUUUGAACUGGCUCUGUCAUCAGUAUGGACUUAUGUAAGGAGAGAGAGAGGCAGAAAAACCACAGCAUCUGUGGUUGUAGUAAUGUGUAUUGAUUUUCCUUUUUUCAAAGAAGAAAAAGUAUUUUACAUCUAGGAGUAUGGUCUUCUGAUGACUAUCAUCAUAAAUAAAUUGACUUAUAUUUCACAUUAAAAACCUGAGGCAUACUUUCUGAUUUUUUUUUUUUCCCUCCACUUCUUUAAGCAUCCUCUGAAGAGAAGUGAGAGCAAGCAAGAAGGAAAAGAUGGCAUAGUGAUUGUUAAACACACCUGCAUGCGGAAGCUGAGUUCUGCUAUCUUCUUUGUAGGAUAUGCAUGGGGAAGUUUCUUGAGUAGAACAGUUUACGUGCUGUGCAGGAUUUUUUCUUUGAAAUUUUAUAAUGCAAUAAAUAAUGGUCCCUUCUGAUACCCCAAAUUAUUAACUGAACAACUAUAGAUAGGCAGCACUAGUCAUUUUUAAUAGGGCAUAUACUUUUUAAUGUUGAAUGAAAACCACUUACAUGUUAGAGUGAAAUUUUGUUUAUCACAGCUUCAAAAUGAAAUGGUUGAUUUCAAAAUGGUUGAUGUGUUUAGAAAGCUUUUUUUUUUUUUUUUUUUUAAAGUUCUUAUGAAUCAGUGAACUUCCAUGACAGAAAAAAUAAUUUGCUUUUGGCAACAGUGAAUGUGAGAACACUGUCAGAGCGCAGAAUGCAGUAACAGUGUUUUAUAGUGUGCUUACAUUUACAGUUGCUGAGAGUUCUUUAGAAGGAGACUGUUGGCAGUCUGUGGAAGUCUUAACAUAUGGUAAAGUUAACAUCUGUGAGUUGCUGGGUAGCAUGUUUUCCCAUCUGAAGAGUUCCUUGUGGAGCUACUAGCUUUAUGUUAGGCUCUGCCUCCCUUCACACCUCCAAAAAGCCUGGAACACUGAAGUAAUGUGUAUAAAGUGUUCGGUAUUGUGUCAGGUGGAAGGAUGGUGUGGAUGAAGGUUUCAAGAAGCAGCUCUCUGAACAAAUAACUGCCAGGCACCUUGAUGAUUAGAAGCUGUGUGCUGGAUUUUAAAACACUUAUAGUAGAUUGCCUUAACUGCUCCAGCUUCAACCUUUUAAAAGAGGAUUGUACUAAAGUAUCUAUGCUUAGAAGAUUAAUGGAUUUAUGAACUUUAAUAUUAGGAAAUUUCUUGCUCAAGAUGAGAAAUUUGAUUCCAGAAAUAAUUUAAUGAUAUGUAAGAUCCUCUGCUCAUGUCAUUUGAGAACAGCUGUUCAGGAUGAUCUUGUAUAGCAUUUCAGUAGUCUUGUCUUUUUGUACUCAAGAGGAAUAAAUGUGAGUUCCCAGUAGAUAGAAAUAAAUAUUUGAGUACCCUAUAAAUGUUUUUAUAAACGAACCAUAUGCCUUUGUUUCUACCAUCUUCUAUUUGCUAUUUUUAAUUUUGGUGCCUAAGAACUUGAGAUAAGCAUCUAAGUUUCAAUUAUAACAUUGUGUGUUUCAAAGCAAUAAGGAGGAUCUGUGUACCAGCAGGUAUUACCAAAUGUAUUUAAAAAGUUGUAAGCUAAUAUGAUAUUUAAAGUCUGACUUUUCCAAAUAUGCAGUUGGGUUGAAAGGUUUGUAAUUACUGUGUCCAGUUUCCUGUGUAUCUGCUAGCACACUUUAAAAUGCUGUUCAACACAGAACUUAAUUUUCUUCUGUGUCUCAUCAGCCAUAUGAAAGCUUUGCAAGGUUGCUUUGAGUUGUCAAUUGUUUGUCUAAAAUGAGCAUAUUUUUCAUAAAAGCAAUGAGGAAGUUCUCUUCAAUCUGGACUGAAUCCAAGAAUACUGUAUAGUCUGUGCAAAAUGUGAUAAUCUGAGAAAGCUUUCUAAGUGGGAUACUGAUGAUUCAAGAAUCACAUAAAUGUGAAAAAGAGUUUCAUAAUAAUUUCUAGAUUAACGGGGUUUUCUGUUUUGUUUUGUUUUUACACUAACGGUUAUUGGUUUUUAUGCAAAGAUUGUGUGGCUUCAAGAAGUUAUAACUGUGAAGUUGAAGUUAUGUUUUCAUUGCUACUUUUUUUUUCAAAACAGAGGAAAUAAGGGUUGAAGUGACAAAAAAAAAAUUCAUCAAGUCCAUUUCUCCAAGUCUUUGAAACAAGUUUCAGUGACUCAGUCUAAAGUUCUGAUUUGCUUAUUAGCAAUUAGCAUUUGUGAAAUAAAAGGUAAUUUUACUGAGUG